GUGCACUGCGAGGCCCUCGUGGCGGCGCUGGUGUCGCGCGUGACUAACCUGCGCAGGGAGAUGCUCUUGCACCUCCACAGGCAGUACUGCGCUACAGCCGAGACGCUAUGUGCGGAGCUGAAAGAGAUCACAGAGCGCGCCCUCAGCACCCCGGGAGACACGCUCGAGCUCAUGGCACACAAGAGCUACAUGGAAAACGUCAUGGAGAAUCAGCUCAACACGCUCGAAACCCGCGUCUGGCGCCUCCACACGCAGCUGCAGUUCCUAGCCGAGAACAUGUCCCUGAGUUCGGAGGAAUGCAGCGACGCCGUGCAGCCUCUGGCGUGGUUCAUCCGCCUCCCGGAGGUGUUCCGCCUCCACCUCAACAUCAUCACGGAGAAGAGGGCGGAGUACGAGGCCAACCUCAGGGAACGCCGCGAGAAGUUCCAGGACGAACUCGCCGAGUACGCCGAACAGCUGGAGGACUUCCAGAACUUCGGCGACCACGGGGAAAUCCACGAGUACCUUCGACGUGCUAAGUCCCUGCACACGAGGCUCGACCACGCAGCCAACUACACGGACCAGAUUAACAAGGAGGAAGAGGCCCUGUCAUGGAACACCACCCAUUACCCGCUUAGGAAACAGGUAUCCGACCGCCUGGCGCCCUUCCUGAAGCUGUACGAGGUGGGCGUGGAGUGGUCUGACCGCCUGGAGGAAUGGCUCCACUCGCCCGUAGGCACCCAUGAUCCUGAUGUCAUCGCGCAGGAGGUCGCGGCUACCUGGCGGACGGUCUAUAAGCUGGAGAAAGGUUUCGGGGAUAUUCCUGCUGCGAAGGACCUCGUGUUGGCGGUACGCCAGAGGAUCGAAGGCUUCCGUGAAAACCUCCCGCUGGUGCAGACCCUCGGAAACCCCGGCCUCAAGGAGCGCCACUGGGAGAAGAUCUCGGAGGUCGUGGGGUAUCCCUUGAGGGCUGACGCGACCACCACCCUGCAGCUCCUCAUCGACAGCAACCUCGAGGAUUACCUCUCCAAGUUCGAGUCUGUGUCGGAGGCGGCGUCCAAGGAGCACGUCUUCGAGAGGAAUCUGGAGAAGAUGAAGAGCGAGUGGCAAGAGAUGGAGCUGGUCCUUCGUCCUCACCGAGAGACGGACACUUGGGUUCUGGCAGCCGUCGAGGACAUUCAGUUCCUCCUCGACGACCACAUUGUCAAGACGCAGUCCAUGAGGUCCUCGCCCUUCAUUAAACCUAUUGAGGCCGAGGUGGCCGCGUGGGAGACAACUCUGGCGCAGCUACAGGAGGUGGUGGACGAGUGGCUCCGAGUGCAAGCGACGUGGAUCUACCUCGAGCCCAUCUUCGGUUCUCCGGAUAUCAUGGCUCAGAUGCCCGAGGAGGGACGCAGAUUCAACACAGUCGACAAGACUUGGAAGGACAUCAUGAAGAGCGUCCGACAGAACACGCGCGUCCUGUCGGUCCUCGAGGUGGACAAGAUCCUCGAGCGCCUCAGGAAGUCCUCGGAGCUCUUGGAGUUGAUCCAGCGCGGCCUCAACGAGUACCUGGAGAAGAAGCGGCUCUACUUCCCCAGGUUCUUCUUCCUGUCCAACGAGGAGCUGCUCGAGAUUUUGAGCGAGACCAAGGACCCCAGCAGAGUGCAGCCUCACCUGAAGAAGUGCUUCGAGGGCGUCAACUCCUUGGACUUCGGCGAGGACCUGGAGGUGGUGGCCAUCAGGUCAAGCGAGGGCGAGGUCAUUAGCCUCACCACCAUCAUCAGCACAGCCAAGGCGAGAGGGCAGGUCGAGAAGUGGCUCGUGCAGCUGGAGGCUAGUGUCAAGGCCAGUAUUAAGAAGGUAGUGAAGUCGUGCAUGGAAGCGUACACGACGAAGCCGAGAGAGGAGUGGGCGCUGGAGUGGCCGGGGCAGGCGGUCCUCUGCGUCUCACAGACAUUCUGGACCACUGAGGUGUCUAGGGGCAUGAGGGAAGGAACGAAACAGAUGGAGGAAUAUUACGAGCUUUGCAACAAGCAGAUCGAGUUGGUCGUGGGUCUCGUGCGCGGACAACUCUCGAAGCAGAACAGGACGACUCUAGGCGCCCUCGUGGUACUGGACGUCCACGCCCGUGACGUCAUGAAAGAGGAACUCAUUAAGAAGAAUGUGACUGACCUCACUGACUUCACCUGGCUAUCACAGCUCAGGUAUUACUGGCAGGACGACAUCCUCAAAGUCCGGAUGAUCAACGCCGAACUGGAAUACGGGUAUGAGUACCUGGGCAACACCGGCCGCCUCGUUAUCACUUCCCUUACCGAUCGUUGCUACAGGACCCUCACGCAGGCCCUCAUGCUCAAUCUAGGCGGCGCCCCCGAAGGCCCCGCCGGAACUGGCAAGACGGAGACCACGAAGGACCUCGCCAAAGCCGUGGCCAAGCAGUGCGUCGUGUUCAACUGUUCGGAUGGACUCGACUACAUCUCCCUGGCUAAGUUCUUCAAGGGACUGGCAUCCUGCGGCGCGUGGACAUGUUUCGACGAGUUCAACCGCAUCGAGCUCGAGGUCCUCUCCGUCGUGGCGCAGCAGAUCCUCACGCUGCAGAGGGGGCUGCAGUCCAAGGCCCCGAAGCUCACGCUGCAGGGCACGGAGGUGAGUCUGGACCCUACCUGCGCCGUCUUCAUCACCAUGAACCCGGGCUACGCUGGCCGUUCGGAACUCCCGGAUAACCUCAAGGCACUGUUCCGCUCGGUGGCCAUGAUGGUGCCAGACUACGGCCUCAUCGCCGAGAUAUCGCUCUACUCCUUCGGAUUCGUGGCCGCGAGGAGCAUGUCGAGGAAGAUCGUGGCCACCUACCGCCUGUGCUCCGAGCAGCUCUCCGCGCAGCCGCACUAUGAUUAUGGUAUGAGGACAGUGAAAGCCGUGCUAAUUGCUGCCGGAACCUUGAAGCUCAAAUACCCAGACAUGCCCGAGGCUGUGGUCGUUCUGAGGUCUGUUCGCGAUGUCAACUUGCCUAAGUUUUUGGCUCAUGACUUGCCUUUGUUUGAAGGCAUCAUCGCCGACCUGUUUCCCGGCGUCGUGCUGCCUCAGCCGGACUACACUUGCCUGCACCGCGCCAUCAGGGAGGUGUGCUCCGGCGCCGGCCUCCGUGCUAAUGACUACUUCCUGGACAAAGUGCAACAGGUGUAUGAGACGAUGCGGGUCAGGCACGGCUUUAUGCUAAUCGGCAACCCCAUCGGAGGCAAGACGGUGGCGCUGCGGACGCUCUCGCAGGCGCUCGGGAUCAUGAACGAGAGGGGCGAGGGCGAGAACCGCGUGCAGAUGUGCGUGAUCAACCCGAAGGCGGUGACGGUGGGGCAGCUGUACGGCCAGUUCGACCCGACGUCCCACGAGUGGUCCGACGGCGUCCUGGCUGUCAACUUCCGCAAGUUCGCCGUGUCUUCUUCGCCGGAUAGGAAGUGGAUCGUCCUAGACGGGCCGGUGGAUAGCGUGUGGAUCGAGAACAUAAAUUCUGUUCUGGAUGAUAACAAGAAACUCUGUCUCAUGUCCGGAGAGAUCAUCUGCCUCUCGUCCACCACUAACAUCAUCUUCGAGGUCCAUCAUCUUGAGAACGCGUCGCCUGCUGCGGUGUCGCGCUGCGGGAUGGUGUACAUGGAGCCCCUGGCCCUCGGGUGGCGCCCCUUGGUGGAGACGUGGCUGGCGAAGCUCCCGCAGACGCUGACGCAGCAGCACCGGGCCGUCCUCACCGCCCUGUUCCACCGCUUCGUGCCGCCGCUGCUGUGCUUCGUCAGGAAGUACCUGCUGUGGUACAAGCUGGAGCGGAGCGAGUCGUACGUGCAGAAGGGUGUGUCGCCGACCACCGACCUCAACCUCGUGCGGAGUCUCAUGAACAUCUUCGACUGCUUCCUUGAGGAGUUCACGGACCCCGCCUACACCAAGCACCAUCCGGAGUCCGACAUCCGCGCGCAUCUCGAGAGCAUCUUCCUCUUCUCCGCCAUCUGGUCCCUGGGCGGGCCUCUCGACGAAGGCUCCCGGCGGAAGUUCGAUCUCGUCCUUCGGGAGCUCAUCAGCGGACAGCCCAGCAAGAAGACGAUUGAAGACCUCGGCCUGUCAGAGGUUCCAGAGCCUCCUCAUGACUACCAGCUUCCUAUCCCCGACGAUGACACGGUCUUCCAUUACAAGUUCGUCAAGGAGGGUCGUGGGUACUGGCAAAAAUGGAGCGAAGACCUCGCCAACGCAGCUUCCAUACCCCGCGACGUGGCUGCCCAUCAGAUCCUGGUACCCACCGUCACGACAGUUCAAGUCACCGCCAUUCUGAGUCUGCUGGUGUCCCAAGCGAAGCCCCUGCUCCUGGUGGGACCUCCGGCGACGGGGAAGUCGGUCUAUGUGGCGGACUUCCUGAGGAACAAGCUGAAGGCGGCGCAGUACAAGCCCAUGUUCAUCAACUUCUCCGCCCACACCAACACCACCAGCGUCCAGGACCUCGUCAUGAGCGGCCUGGACAAGCGAAAGAAAGGUGUGUACGGCCCCCCCGUGGGCAAGCGGUGCGUACUCUUCGUGGACGACUUGAAUCUCCCGCAGACGGACGCCUUCGGCUCGCACCCGCCGCUCGAGCUCCUGAGGCAACUGGUCGACCACGCCACCUGGUACGACAUCAGGAAGGAGGUCGAGCCCAUUCGCCUGGAGGACAUGCAGCUGGUGUCGACGAUGAGCCUGCGUGAGAGCGGGAGGACGAACCUGACGCCCCGCCUCCUCCGCCACUUCAACGUCGUCGCAGUGAAUGACUUCGAUGACCCGACGAUCCACUCUAUAUUCUCCAAGAUCCUUCUAUGGCAUCUGGACACGCGAGGCUUCAGCAAGAUGUUCGACCCUUGCAUCGGCGAGAUCGUGAACGGGACCCUGGAGGUCUACCGCGCCGCUGCCACCCACCUGCGCCCGACGCCCUCCCGCUCCCACUACAUCUUCAAUCUCCGCGACUUCUUCAGGGUCAUUCAGGGCGUGUUGUUGUCCGUGCCCGAGACGAUGGAGGACCUGCGUUCCAUGAAGAAGAUGUGGAUCCACGAGGUCCUGCGUGUGUUCUACGACCGCCUGGUGGACAGUGGCGACCGCAAGUGGCUGCUGCAGCGUGUGUCCGACGCCUGCACGAACCACCUUAAUGAGGAUUUCAACCACCUGCUGGCUGAGCUCGACGACGGGGACGAUGGAGAGGUCUCAGAGAACGACCUACGCAACCUGGUCUACUGUGACUUCGCGGACCCCAAGAGCGAGAGUCGCCAUUAUGUACAAGUGGAGGACCUGGAGGGACUUCGUGGUGUAGUGGAGGGGUACUUGCAUGAGUUCAAUAACAUGAGCAAGAAACCGAUGAACCUUGUUAUGUUCAAGUUCGCGCUGGAGCACCUGGCGAGGAUCUGCCGCGUCCUUCGCCAGCCCCGAGGCCACGCUAUGUUGGUGGGCGUGGGCGGCAGCGGGCGCCACUCACUCACGCGUCUCGCCGCCCACAUCACAGACUACGAGCUCUUUGAGGUGGAGAUGAGUCGCAGUUACGGCCUGACGGAGUGGCGGGAGGACCUCAAGAUGAUCCUGAAGAAGGCAGGCACCGGGGAACAGCAUAUCGUGUUCCUGUUCAGCGAUACGCAGAUCAAGAACGAGAUCUUCCUGGAGGCGAUCAGCAGCAUCCUCAGCAUCGGCGAGAUCCCGGGCCUCUAUCCCACGGACGAGAAGCACACCAUCUGCGACAAAAUGAGGAACAUCGACCGCCAGAGGGACAAGAGCAAGCAGACCGACGGAAGCCCAGCCGCGUUGUGGUCCCUGUUCGUGGAGCGCGUGAGGGAACAGCUGCACGUCGUCCUCGCCAUGUCGCCCUGCGGAGAGGCCUUCAGGAACCGCCUGAGGAAGUUCCCGGCGCUCCUCUCCUGCUGCACGAUCGACUGGUUCCAGGCGUGGCCCGAAGACGCCCUUGAGGCCGUAGCACUCAGGCUCCUGCAGGGCGUGGAGCUCCCGGCAGAGACGCUGAAGGGGUGCGUGUCCUUGUGUCAAUACUUCCACACUUCCACGCAGGAACUCUCUGACAGAUUUUUGACGCACCUUCGUCGAUAUAAUUACGUGACACCGACCUCCUACUUACAGCUACUGGCUACUUACAUGGUCAUUCUUGAGAGACGUCGAGGCGAGGUCAAGAAGCUCGAAUGCCGCUACACGACGGGUCUGGCGCGCCUGGAGGAAGCCGAGACCUCCGUUUUGGCGAUGCAACAGGAAUUGCUCAACUUGCAACCCAUCUUGCUGACGAAGACCCGCGAGGUUGAAGACAAGAUGGCGGUCGUGGAGAAGCGGAGGCAGGAAGUGGCUGAGGUGGAGCGCGUGGUUCGCCAAGACGAGGAGGUGGCGAACGAGGCAGCGGAGGCGGCCAACGGCAUCCGGAAGGAGUGCGAGGCGGAGCUGAACCUGGCGCUGCCGCUGCUGGAGGAGGCCACGGCGGCGCUCAACACCAUCAAGCAGGACGACAUCGUGUUCAUCAAGGCCAUGAAGAACCCGCCGUCUGGAGUGAAGCUCGUGAUGGAAGCCGUCUGCGUGCUGCUGGGCGAGAAGCCAGACCGCGUGCCAGACCCUCAAGGAACGGGCAAGAUGGUCGAGGAAUACUGGUCCGUCAGCAAGAGGUUACUCGGGGACAUCAAGUUCAAGGAGAACCUCCUAAACUUCGACAAGGAGAACAUCAGUCAGAAGGCGAUCCAGACUAUCCGCUCCAAGUACAGGGACAAUGACGAGUUCAAGCCCGAGAAGAUCAAGGUGGCGUCGAAGGCGGCGGAGAGCCUGUGCAAGUGGGUGCUGGCGAUGGAGCGAUACGAGGAGGUGGACCGCAAAGUGGCGCCCAAGCGAGAGGCCCUCCAGCGCGCCGACCAGCAGUACCAGGGCCUGAUGGGGGAGCUGCGGAAGAAGCAGGAGGCUCUGAGGGGCGUGCAGGAGGAGCUGGCCGGGCUGCAGGCCGAGCUCGACACCGUCAAGAAGGAGAAGCUCGAGCUCGAACAGACGGUGGAAUUGUGCAGCAUCAAGAAGGAUCGCGCCGAACAGCUUCUGGCGGCGUUGGGCGGCGAGAAGACCCGCUGGACAGACAACGCUCACCAUCUGGCGCAGGUCUAUAUCUAUCUGACAGGAGACAUGCUUCUGGCCGCGGGUAACAUCGCUUACCUCGGUGCCUUCACCCCAGAGUACCGGGCAGAGCAGAGUGCCAAGUGGCUCAAGGAGUGCCAGGCGCGGGGUGUACCUUGUUCAGGAGAAUUUGUACUCUCACAGGUGCUUGGGGACCCGCUUACCAUCAGAGACUGGACCUUGAACGGCUUGCCAACAGACCCCUUCAGUAUAGACAACGGCGUCAUCAUCAGCAACACGACGCGCUGGCCGCUGCUGAUCGACCCUCAGGGGCAGGCCAACAAGUGGAUCCGGAACAUGGAGAAGGACAACUCGCUGCAGGUCGUCAAGCUUUCCGAUCCUGACUUCAUCCGCACGCUCGAGAAUUGCGUGCAGUUCGGGCAGCCGGUCCUACUCGAGAACGUGGGCGAGGAGCUGGACCCGAUCCUCGAGCCUCUCCUCCUCAAGCAGACGUUCAAGCAGAGCGGCUCCACUUGCAUCAAGCUCGGCGACCACACCAUCGAGUACUCGGCGGAUUUCAGAAUGUACCUGACGACCAAACUGAGCAACCCCAACUACGUGCCGGAGGUCUCUGUGAAGGUGACCCUCGUGAAUUUCGCCCUCACCGGCGCCGGCCUCGAGGACCAGCUGCUCGCCCUCGUUGUGGCCCACGAGAAGCCCGAGCUCGAGGAGGAGAGGGUCACGCUCAUGCUCCAGACGGCACAGAAUAAGAAGAACUUGAAGGAGCUGGAGGACCGUAUCCUCUCGACACUGUCCUCCUCGAAGGGCAGCAUCCUGGAGGACGAGACGGCCAUCAACAUCCUGAGCGACGCCAACCGCCUCGUGAAGGAGACGCAGGAGAAGCAGACGAUCGCGGAGGAGACGGAGAAGAAGAUCAACGCCACCCGCCUGGGAUACCGUCCGGUCGCCGUCACCGCUUCCAUCCUGUUCUUCACCCUAAGGGACCUGGCUGCCCUGGACCCUAUGUACCAGUUCUCCCUCAACUGGUUCGUCAAUCUCUUCUCCAACUCGAUCGAUAACUCGGAGAAGGCGAGUGAGUUACCCGAUCGACUCAACGCCCUGCAGAGCCACUUCACGCUCAGUCUCUAUCAUAACGUGUGCACCGGGCUUUUCGAAAAGGACAAACUCGUGUUUUCCUUCUUGAUGUGUGUGAACCUCCAGCGCGCCGAGAAGAACGUGGACGACGCUGAGUGGCUGUUCCUCCUGACGGGGGGUGUGGCCUUGUCCACUGGCCCCUCCCCAAACCCCGCCCCUGAGUGGCUCCCAGAGAGCUCCUGGCAGCAGGUUCAGUGGCUUCACUGCCUCCCGUCGCUCAAGCACCUUGCGGUCGAGUUCGCGGAGCACCUGGAGGAGUGGCGCGCCGUGUUCGAGUCCGAGACGCCGCAGAAGGAGACGAUCCCGAGCCUGAAGGAGGGCGAGGAGGUGCCCCUCUCCCGCAUGCAGUUGCUGUGUGUCCUUCGGUGCCUUCGCCCGGAUAAAGUGGUGGCCGCCGUGCAGGAUUAUGUCGCGGACCUCCUCGGCAAGGCGUACAUCGAGGCGCCGCCCUUCGACCUGGCCCGCACCUUCACCGACUCCCACUGCUGCCUCCCUCUCAUCUUCCUGCUCACGCCCGGCGCUGACCCGACGGCGCUCCUCCUCAAGUUCGCCGAAGACCAGGGUAUGGGCGGCGAGCGUCUGCAGAGCGUGUCCUUGGGCCAGGGACAAGGGCCCGUGGCUCGGAGGCUCAUCGAGGAGGGCGUCAGGAUCGGCACGUGGGUCCUCCUGCAGAACUGCCACCUCGCCAAGUCCUUCAUGCCGCAGCUGGAGAAGCUCUGCGAGGAACUCAACCCCGAGACCACCCACGCUGACUUCCGCCUCUGGUUGACGAGCUACCCCUCCGCGCACUUCCCCGUCUCCGUGUUGCAGUCGAGUAUCAAGAUGGUCACCGAACCGCCGAAGGGCCUCAGGGCGAAUCUCAGGAGACUCUACCUCGCGGACCCGCUGUCGGAGCCGGAUUUCCUGACGGGCGAAGGCUCUUCGGAGAAGUUCCGCCGUCUAGUUUACUCCCUCUGCUUCUUCCACGCCGUCGUGCAGGAGCGCCGUCUCUUCGGGCCCCUCGGGUGGAACGUCCCCUAUUCCUUCUCCGACACGGAUCUGAGGAUCUCCUCGCAGCAGCUGAGGAACCUUAUCGGGUCCUACUUGGAGAUCCCCUGGGAAGCCCUCCAGUACCUGACGGCGGAGUGCAACUACGGAGGGAAGGUGACGGACGAGCGAGACAGAAGGACACUGAGCACGAUCCUGCGACGCUUUUACAACCCGGAUAUUGUGAAGGGAGAGACGCAUUCGUUCGAUCCGCAUAACGUAUACACCACGCCCCCCGACGGUGAAUACGCCUCCUACUUGAACCACAUCUCGGAGCUCCCUCGCGACGCCCCGCCCCACGUCUUCGGCAUGAACAGCAACGCCAGCAUCAACAAGGACCAAGCGGAGACAAACAAACUCUUCUCGGCUGUUCUUCUCACUCAGGCGACGUCCCUCUCGUCCGGCGGCGGCGGCGACGGCGAGGGCGACGCCGUAGGGAGGACGUGCGAGGAGAUCCUGGGCCGCAUCCCGCCGCCCUUCGUGGUGGACGCCGCCCUCGCCAAGUACCCCACCAGGAGGGAGCAGAGCCUCAACACCGUCCUCGUGCAGGAGAUGAGCCGAUACAACGCUCUCAUCAUUACUAUCUCCAGCACCAUCAGCGCCGUCCUCAGGGCUAUUGAAGGAACGGAGAGUCUGUCGGAGGAGGUGGAGGAGGUGCUCGUAGGAGUGCGCACAGGGCGCGUCCCCGACAUGUGGCGCGCGAGGUCCUACCCGACGCUCAAGGGCCUCGGCUCCUACAUCAACGACCUCGUGCAGCGCCUCCAGUUCCUUCAGAAUUGGUAUGAACUCGGUCAGCCUCGUGUGUUCUGGCUCAGCGGUUUCUUCUUCACCCAGUCCUUCUUAACAGCUGUUUUGCAGAACCACGCUCGCGCCUACACCCUCGCCAUCGAUCAGCUGUGGUUCAAUUUCCAGGUCUGUGACGUCGACGAGGAUAGCCCCGCCCCCGACGUCGGAACCUACAUCCGGGGUCUGUUCCUCGAGGGCGCGCGUUGGGACCACUCGACGGCUCGCCUGGAGGAGGCCCUGCCGAGGCGCCUUCACGAGAACAUGCCGCCGAUCUGGUUGAAGCCAAUGGUUCGCGAGGACAUCCCUGCCACGACCUCUUACUCCUGCCCGGUGUACAAGACGAGCGAACGGCGCGGGAACCUCACCACGACGGGGCACUGCACGAACUACGUGAUCUCAGUCAGGAUCCCUACCCAUCUCUCAGAGGACCAUUGGACUCUCAGGGGCGUGGCGCUCCUGUGCUCGCUGUCUGAUUGA